UCUGUGUCUUUAUAAAUGGUACUUGGUCAUCUCUUUCCCCAAUAUAUACCCCUCAUUUAAUUCAAACCCUUUAACUACACAUUUUUCAUAAAGCUAAAACUUCAAUCCACUAGUCUGCUAACUAUUACCUUGGAUCUCUGGAAAAUCAUAGUGAAAUUGGAUUUAAAUUUGGUUCUUCCGAGAAAAUGCAACCCGACUUAUUAACUGAAGAGUUUGAGGCGAAGCUGAAAGUAAAAGAAGAAUCAGCCAAAAUUGAUGAAGAAAUUGAUUUAGAAGAAGAGGAUGAUGAUGAGGUUGAACUUGUUGAUGCUACUGAUGAAGAAUUUUCUUUUGUAUGUGGAGUACUUGCAUCACCAAUAGCAGCAGAAGAAGCAUUUGAUAAUGGUCAAAUCAGGCCAUUCUUUCCCCUGUUCAAUCAAGAUCUUCUCUUGUCUGAUAUUGAUUUUCAGCACUUGAAAAAUCGCGACAAGGUUUUCAUCGAAACAGAUGAUAAUAAUAAUAAUCACCAUCCGACAACUUUGAAUGAAGAAAUCUCCGGACCUUAUUGCGAAUGGUCAAAAAAGGCAACAAAUUUAAAUCCAGCUGAUCAGGGCUCUACUUGCAAGAAGAGUAAUUCUACUGGAUUUUCAAAGCUUUGGAGAUUCCGUGAUUUCAUUAAUCGGAGUAACAGUGACGGAAGGGAUGCAUUUGUAUUCUUGAACAGCAAUACUACUACGACCUCGUCAUCAUCAAAUGUUGUCAAGAAAGAAGAUAAGGUUGUUUUGGAGAAGAAAGAGAAAAUUAGUGGAGACGGAGUUGUGAAAUUAGUAACGCAAGGUAAGAAGAAAAUAAAGAAGAGUGAAGCUGUAUUAGCACAUGAAGUUUAUAUGAAGAGUAAAGCGAAACAUGAAGAACGCCGACGAUCCUAUCUUCCUUACCGGCCAGACCUUGUCGGUUUCUUCACUAAUGUCAAUGGUGGAUUAACCAGGAAUGUACACCCAUUCUAACAAACUCAAAAUUACAUUUUUCUUUUCAUUUUUGUUAAUGAAAUCAUGACAUAGAGCUUGCGGCUCAAUGGCUGCCAGAUGAAGUUGGUUUUUGAUUUUUUUUUUUUUUGUGGUAAAUACAAACAUUCUAGUUUUAAUUUUAUGACUAUUGGUCAGGGUGUACAUAGCUCUCGGGUUGUUUCAAAUUUUUGAUUUGUCAAAUCAAAAUUAGUUGUGUUAGUUGUUUAUAUUUAUAAAUCAUAUUGAAUUAAUAAAUUAAGUUUUUCAUUUUCAAUUAUUUUGUGGUUUUUUGACUUUCUAGAUUUUGGAUUAUUUUUUUUGGUUUGAUGU